AUGCCUGUCGAGCGCGGAGAACCAAGUGCGACUCGCAGAAGCCGUCCUGUCGUUAUUGUCAAACCCACGGACUUGAUUGUCUCUACCAAGAAGCGCCAGUGGAACCCCCCAGUCGAAGAAGAAUUGAAUGGCGUGAAUAAACGACUUGAUCAACUAAUCAGCCUAAUGCUUCCAGCGCAACCCGUUUCCCCGGAUGUUGGUGCUGCAGGUCCGCGAACUGAAUACGAUGCGUUCACCAAUGAAGAAUAUUCACCGUUUGAUUUACCUUCUAAGCUACUUGGUAAUCCGUCUGUUAUGCUUACGCUCGGACUGGAUGCAGAUUUUGCCCAGGUCCUAACCCGAAAGGAACGAAUUGCCGGGCCCGAGGGCCUGGCGAACGCAAGUGCACGGGUGCUUGUUGUUCAUCAUCACGCAUUGGCUGCAUUCUCUGCUCGCGUCCACACCUGGUAUCCCAUUCUUCCCUCGGGAUUUUCGCAGGAGUACUUCCGGGUACUCUGUGGACCCCUACGUCCUUCUUCGGAAUCUUGUCUUUCCCUUCUUGUGGCCGCAAUCGGCCAUAUAGUAGAGCAAGAUGAGGCAAUCUUAGAUACCCCAUACUUUGAAACAGCGCUCGCCUCGCUGCCAACCAUCAUCGCCGAGUGCAGUAUCCGCAGCGUCCAAUGCUUAAUGUUGAUUGGUUUGUAUUAUUGCUGUUUGUUGAAGCCUUGUCAAGCCCAUGACUAUUGCUUAAUUGCAUCGUCCAAGAUCCAGAACAUCAUCAAGAGUGGGCUAGAAGGCGAUGAUCCAAAUACCGUGGAGCAAACUCGGCUAGCGUACUGGGGUGUGCUAUUACUCGAGGAUGAGAUCGGCGGCCAAUUGGAUGUUGCCAAGAGCGGUAUCUGGUGUCUGGAUGAACAUGUUCCACUGCCGCUAUGCCACCAGACAUGGCACUUUAUGCCGGAGAGUACACUAAGAGCAGUUCCCUCGCCUCCCUCCCCGGGUAGUGCACACUCCACCCACACAAGCGUGCAAAUUAUGCAAUCAUAUUUCCUUGCUGAGAUUGCUAUGAGACGUAUGCUACAUAGAUGCAACACUGCUGUCCAGGUGACGUCCGGCGGAAAAUACGUCUAUGCACCGGGUAUCGCACUGGAGCUAGAACACCAGCUUGAGGAGUGGUAUCGUUAUCUGCCCGAAACAAACUCUUUCGUCAAGGGCGAUGUGUCACAGCCGUUAGCACUGGUCAAUAUACCAUCCUGUCCUCUGUCGAACUUCCUGCGGGUCCAAUACUACUGCUGCAAGCUUUCUAUAUAUUGGCCGGCUGUUUACCAGGCGAUGCAAGAUGGAGCCACUACAAACAUCCUUGUGGAUCAUUGCCAGAGAUUCUUUGAUUCUUACGCGAUGCUCAUACCAAGUAUUGUUGCCGCAUUCCGCGACUGCUGGUCUUUUUAUUACUUCCGUGGCCGCCAUGACCGCAGCAAAUACCCCCUGUUUAAGUGGGCUCUGUUCGCCUCUGUUCUAUCAAUGUAUCCAAGCAUCUGGACGCGCGGAACAGACAAUACUACAGAGAAGUCCAUCCUUGAUGCUGCUACAGGGCGUACUAGAAGGGCGCCUUUUAGAGUCUGGCCUUGUAUGAAAGAAGAAGAAGAAUGA